AUGGCUUUGCAAAACAAUGGUCAGUUUGUAUGUCCAAAACGGGAUGGUACAAAAGUCGAAGGAAAUGAUAUAGAAGCAUUAAUUCCAAAUGAAGCUGUGCAUCAACUUGUACAACUCUUUGAUCAUCCUGAAUUAACUGCACCAAUGUGCCAUAGAUGUAAUGUUAAUAAAGCUGAGCAUUGGUGCGAUAGUGAUUGUAAACAUUGUUAUUGUUCCAAGUGUUGGGACACUAUCCAUGAAGUAGAUCACUAUCGAAAUCAUAGCAAAUUUCCUGUUAAGGACAGACCAAGUGAAGUAUCCAAAUGUCAAGAAGAUCAUGAUGAUACGGUUCAAUAUUGGUGUGAAGGAUGUUCAAAAGAGAUUUGCAACAACUGUCAACAAGUCAAGCACAAAGAUCAUAAAGUCGUCUUAAUUACUGGCGAUGUUAAACCUUUAGAGGAAGAGUGCAAAACAGGUUUACAGGCAGUUCAAUUAUCUCUGAACUAUCGGUCGAAUCGUGUGGAAAAUAUGGUAACAGAAAUUGAAAGAGAAACUGAGUCGAAUAAAGCAAAGGUUACUGAGACCAUAACUUCUCUUCGUCAAAUCAUCGACAAACAUGAACAGGAUUUACUGGAAAACAUUGAAAAGGUCGAAAAUGAGGAGAAGAAGAAGACAGUGAACUAUAAACGUCAAUUACAAGGCGAACAACAACAGUUGAUCGAACAAAUAUUCAAUUUCGUAAUUACUUGUCAGGACAAACAUCCGAAAAAACGAUUCGAAGCUAAGAAAGUAUUUGAUGAUUAUAUACAAAGGGCUCAAUUGAAGUUAUUGGAACUGAAGCCAUUACCAAGAAAUAAAUAUCAUAUUGGAGAUUUCAAUGAUAAAAUAAGGGAAAUCGAAGCUCAACUCCGAAAUUUCAAAGUGGAAAAGGCUCCAGCACAUGAAAACAAAAAAGUUCAGGAUCGUAUUAAAGAUAGUCCGGACAAGUCAAUACUUGAUUUAAGUUCAUUGGAGCUAAAUGAUAAGGAUAUGGAAAUUGUGGCAACAGAAUUAGAAAUCAAUAGAGUAAGACAUAAUUGUUUCUUUUCAUCAUUUUGAAGAAUUAUAUUUCACGAUAUACUAGAAAAACGUCAUAUUUCGAUAAGAAGUAGAAUUCUUUGAGAUUCCUAAGAAAAAAUCUAAAUGUUCUAAACUAUUUUCUUCACAUGCUAAAAUAAUUUUAUCUUGAACAUUUAUCGUUUAUUUUAUAUAUCACUGUAUUUUUAUUGAAUUUGAAAAAAAAUUAUCAUAUUCGAUGCACAUCAUCGAAUUUUCUUAUUUGAUAAUUUUGUUAAUUCGGUAAAUAUUUGUUAUCAAAGUCGAUAUUAAAUGAAUAUGUGUAAUGAAUUUCAACUGAAAUCUUCUUAAGUUAAAAUAUUUUCAUGAACGAAUUUUUUAACAAGACUCUAAAAACAGAUUAUGUAGUUUGUGAUUCUGAUUAUAUUGUCAUUUAAAUGAAUUAUAUAUAUAAACAUCAACAGAUAAAUAUGUUGUUUUUUCUUUCAAAAAUCAUUUGAUUAUUGUCAUAAUCAAUUUUCAUUGACAUUUAUCUUUUUCUAAUAGUCAAUUUCAAUAGUUUACUAAGAUAUAAUUUAAAUAAUAGUAAAAUCUAUAUCUAAAUAUUUUAAAAUUUAUAUUAUAUUAAUUGGUAACAAUCAACUUGUAAUUUCUUUUGUAUUUUAUGAAAGAAAAGUUUAUGAUAUCAUUCGAAAAUAAAUCAAAUGAACGAAUAAGUUAUUGAAUAUAAUCUUCUAUUAAGGAGUACAACUGUUCUAUAGUGUGAUUUUAAAUCUAUUCCUUUUCAUUAUUGUGUUAUCAUAUUUUAUUUUCAAUACAGACACUAAAAAAACUUCAAUUAUAUACAAAUAAAAUCAGUGAUAUUGGUGCACAACAUCUGGCCGAUGCAUUAAGAACAAAUACAGUAAGAUAUUGAUUUCUCUAAAAAUUGAUCUUCAUCAUAUCAAAAAAAAAAACAAUUGUAAGUGUUGAUAAACAACAAGAAGAUCAAAGAUUAUCUAUCAGAAUUUUAUUUCAUUUAACUGAAAUUAUCAGUAAGGUUGUUACGAAUAUCAACAAGUUUUAACAAAUUCGAAUUUGUCUUCGACGAUAAAACAUUUUAGUAUAAAUGUUUAUUUAUCCUAAGAAUGAAUUCAAAGCGAUUCUAUGUGUUAACAGUUUUAGUGAAUAUUUCGAAGAUCAAUAUUUCAAUUGUUUAUACUUUUAUCUUAAAAAUAUAUAUUAAUAGACACGAUAAAGUCAGUCUUUUUUUUUCAAAAAUGAAGAUAUUGAAUUUCUAUAUAAAUUCAAAAUUAUAAAUAAUCAUUGAAAUGAAUAAUUAAUGUUGUAAAUUCGAGAAACAAAAAACAAAAUCGAAUUUUGAAGUUCGCUUUGAUUGAAAUUGAAUUAGAAGCAAUUAUUAAGAAAUUGAUAUUCGAAACAUUCAUGAUGAACUCUAAUACAUUGAAUACCAUUGAAUUUAUUUCUGUAAGACAUACUUAAAUACAUUCUCAAUUAUCAAAAAUUGAGUAGAAUUCAUUUAUUUCAAGUUUUUUUUUUUUGAGAUAAAAUAUCGAGUAGUUCAGAAUAAAUUCUCUCAUAGAUCAAGUUUUUUUUUUCUUCAAUUUUAAUAACUUUUAUUGCUCAGAAUGUAAAUGAAUUGAAGAC